AUGGCCGAGCUCGGGCCUGAGCCGAGCCGCGCGUGGCGGCUGUUCGCACUGUGCGGAGCUGCAGUGUUCCUGGCGGCCGUGGCAGCCGGCGCGGCCCUGCUGGCCUGGAAUCUGGCCGCCUCGGCCGCCCGGGGGCCUCACUGCCCGGAGCUCAGGGCCAACACCACCGCGUCACCCAGGGACCCUCCCGAAGUAGAGGAGCUGAGACGCCAGCUGGCCGAGGCAGCCCAGCGCCAGGAGGCCCUCCUCAGGCAGCUGGACCAGGCCGAGGGUAUCCGCCGGGAGCUGGAGGAGGCGCUGAGGGCCUGUGAGGGCCACCAGAGCCGGCUUCAGACUCAACUGAAGACACUGAAGUCUGAGAUGGACGAGGCCAGGGCACAGGGGACCCAGAUGGUGGAGGAGAACGGGGCGCUGACAGAAGCCCUAGCACGGUGGGAGGAAGCUGCAGCCGAGGCCGCCCUGCGGCUGGAGGAGACGACGCAGCGCGCACGCGCGGCUGAGGCCGAGGGUGGAGCCUGCGCAGCCCGGGAGGAGGCACUGAGAGAGCGAGUCAACGCCCUGGAGACCGAGACGAGCCCCCAACGCAGAGGGUCGCGCCCCCGGCCCCGCUUGGGAUCCCGACCCCGGUCCAGCCCUCGCUCGCGCGCCCGUCCCGGACCCUCCGGGGGCUGCCGGCGGACCACGCGGCGCGUACGGGGGUGA